AUGCCCAUGCAAGACAGCGCUGCUACCGAGAGCAUGGUAUUAAUGAAUGCUGCUCAGGCAGCCAACAAGCACAUCUUGCCAAAUGACAGAACUGCUGGAGAUUCUAUUUCAGAAUCUGACUCUGUUGGUGAAUGGCUAGUCACCGCCGCUUCAUUCAUUUACACAAUGAUAUCUAUGGGCACAGCUGCAUCGUCUGGUGUGUACAUGGACGAAUACCUCACCAAAGAGUUUCCUGGUACCCUGUCGUCGACGCUGGCAUGGAUAAGUACCAUGCAAAUUGGCCUUACUUUUUUCUGUGGAAUCAUCUUUGGCCCGAUGAUGGAGCGCACCGAUAUUCGCAUAGUGGGCAUUGCCAUUAGUGGAAGCGCAGUAGGCGGGAUAUGGCAGUCGUUUGCCAUGCGGGCCAUCAUCAAGAGCCACAGACACCGGUGGGCGUUGCGCAUUUCAGACCUGAUACAGAUUGCCCUGUGCGGUAGUGCAACGCUGCCGAUGAAGCGACGGAUUGAAGCACCGCCACGCAGGAGGUCUGUCGACUAUGCCAUACUAGGCGAUAUCAGGUUUAUUAUGCUGUUCUUAUUCGGGAUCACAGUCACUGCUGGGGUCUUUGGACGUCUGCUCCCUGGUGUCCUGGCGGCAUGCAUUGGCCCAAUAAACACAUCCAUUAUUUUCUCGUCGCUGGCAACAUUUGCGCUGUUCGAACAAAGCUGCUGCAAUGAGGACUGCAGUACUCUCGAAGGGCAGUCAGAGUCGGAGUUUUCGGUGGCAGCAUGAUCGCUCUAGCACCGGUAGUUGCAGCUAGUGUCUAUGGUCCCAAGCGUCUCCCUAGUACUAUUGGAUUCUUGUUUGUGUCCUUCUUCACUGGACAGCUUGUCCAGCAGCUGACCAGCAACAGCCAAACUGG